UUCAGUUUUCAUUGCGACGUUAAACAGUUAAAAGCCGUUAAAAGUGCCGCGAAAAAGUGCAAAAAAAAACGGAAAAAUCAUGUUGAAAUUGCUCGUGAUCGCGGCUGCUGCAUCGAUCGCUUUGGCACGUCCACCGUGUAGGAAUCCGGAUGAAUUUGGCCGUGGUUUUGCCGUUCAGGGCAGUAUUCGGCAUUUUUGGGAAUGUGUAGCCGUAGGGGAGGCAGUUCUGCGUGAAUGCCCGGCUGAGACGGAAUUCAAUGAAGAGCACCUAAUGUGCCUAACUCCAGGGGCUCCGCUGCCACCGGGAGAGAGCAAUACGCCGCUAAAGUGCGAUGAAGGCUUUGCAGCUGAUCUGUCAGUUGAUCCACCGGUUUGCAUUGAAUUGCGCUGCGGCCGGGAUCAAAUUGUCGUCCAUCCACCCACUGGAGUGCCUCAGUGCUUCACCGUUGACUGCCCCGAAGGCCAUGCUCCCACGCAAAAUGGCGUCUGUCAGCCUAUUGCCAAUACACAAUGCCCCGGAGCAUCACCUGAGAGUCAUCUAACAAGCGGCUAUGAAACCUGCCAAAUUCCCACAUGCACUGGAAGCGAUUUGAGCGCCAAUCGACACUGGCCCUCAUCGGAUCCAACAAAGUUCUAUCAGUGCAAAGGUGAAGGAACGCCCGUUCUCGUGGAUUGCUCCCCGAAUUUGUGCUUUGACGUCAAAUGGCAGGUUUGCGUCUUCCCACACGAUUGGACGAAUUCCUGCGCUGCCUCCUAAAAAACGCAUCUCCGCUUGGUUUCAAUAAAUGAUUUUAGAAAUUUAA